CAUUAUGGCCCCUCUUAUAUUACUCUAUCAUGGUUGAAGAUUCCGUUCUUUUUAUCCGUGGACCGUGAUGAUAACAGAGGAAACAUUUGCAAAAAAAUUUGAUGAACAUAUUAUAAUAUAGUUUUAGAUCCAAUACUCGAAUACUCUUAUAAUAAUUUGUCCGUCAUAUCUUAGUACAUAUUCUAUGCUUCACGCACGUGGAUAAUGUCGGCCAAUGAUCUUGUAUGUUGUUUGAUGUAAACGAAAUAUAGCUACAAUAGGUAAUUUAUUCAAUUGUAUUAUAUUUUAAUAUUUCAGCAACCAGCGGUAGUUUAUCAGGCUCCCGGAGAUAUAGAUCCAAUGCAAGAAGAAAACGACAACAAUGAAGAAGAAACAUACGAAGUUGACAUUGACAUAUUCGUAAAUAUAAACAAUCUUAGUCAUAGUCAUGGUCAUAGUGCUUAUUUGGAUACUAAUUAUAUGCUAUUUUAUUUUAAUCAAGGAUCUUGAAACUUACGCCAACAAUUACAGUGGAUUAGCUCGCAUUUAUAGAUUGAUGUAUAUAGCUGAUCAUUCUUCAAAAUUGCGUCCAGACGCGUUAAGACUGGCAAUUUCUCAUAUCAUUACUACAAUGAACACUAAUUUAUAUCAAGUACUGCAUCAGAAACUUCAACAAUUCCAAGGGUACUAAUAUUUCAUUUUAAUAAAACUUUUUUUUCUUUCUUCCUUAUUUAUAAUACAAAAUAUUUUGGAGUUAUUCUGAUUCUUAAUUUGCGAAUUUUCUGUGACCGAAUAUCCAACAGCACUUUGGUUUGUAAUUUUGUAAAUAUAGUUUACAGGGUGAUCAAUUCUCGAUAAGACAAUCAUUAUCUAAAAAAGUAUAAACAAUUUUCGAAAUUUAUAUUUUAGAACAUAUAAGUAAUAAGUACCUAGCUCUUAACAAGCUUGACAAGCCACUGAAAUUUGAGAUUUUUCAAGAAUCCUAUAUAAUAGUUUAUACUGUUUAGAUCAAAUAUUCCAAUAGUAGUAUUUCUUAAAAACUAGAAUUAGGUAACAGAUUUUUUUUUGACUAUGUUAAACUUUAGAUCCAGCAUUUAGCAAAGAACCUAUUUAGUUAGUCAAAUGCUCCAAUUUUGCAUGCAUUAUCUCAACAAUUCACCCCUAUACCUUUUUUUAUUUUUGAGAUACCUAGGAAAUGAGAGAAAAAAACAUGACUAUUAUACUCAGUGCUCGAAAUGAAAACUUUUACAAACUAGAACGGCCAGAAAACUAGUAUGAUAGCUAAUAAUAUAAAGAACACCUUUCCUUUUAGCUCAUAAACCAGUUUUAGUGAUACAUGACUGAAGUAAGUAUUUUUAAAUAAAUUGAAUAUAAGAUUUUCAUAAUUUUUCAAUCAAAAUUAUCAGAUACAGAAUUGAUUGUGAUAAUUUCGGAAACAUCAUAUACUGAGUGGCAAUUAUCUUAAUUUAUUUAAUAUUAACUUAUUAACUUAAUAUUUAUUUGAACCCAAAAGCUAAUAUUACAAAUCCAAUUGGCGUUCCAGUACAUUUUGAGUACUAUUAAUAUUAAAUUACUAGCGUUCUGAGAAACAUUUUUUUGUUUAUAAUGAUUUAUUAUUGUAUACAGCAGAGAUGGGUAACUCAAUGUUAACAAGAGGGCCAAUUUUUAGAACUUUAAAAUCUAGCGCGCUAGAGAACAUAGAAAACUAAAAAAAAGGUCAAUCAAAUUUAAAAUUUACAAGUGACAUUUAUUUUUUAUAUUUAAUUAUUUAUACAUGUGAUAUUUAUUAAUUAAUUUGAAAAUGUAGCAUAUAGCAGUGAAAUAUGGUAUGUGGGCUGGAUGCGGACCACUUGCCCAUCCCUGAUAUACAGUUUAUAAACUAAAUUACCCUGUAUAUUCUUUAUCUGACUACCCGCUGGUAGUCAACACUUUGAAGUUCAUACACCCAAAAAAAAAUCAUGGUUACCCCACUAGUAUUAAUACAUUUCGGUUUUGAAAGUCUUGUUUUCGUCAACCCAUUGACAAGCUAGUAGUGAACAUCGUGUUAUGACACGGAUAGAAUCGUUUGAAUAGUGCUGCAAUACUCUCCUCUACUUAAUUUUAAAAGUUGAAUACCUCGUUAACAGAUUGAUGAAAAUCAAAGUGCCACUACCAAAAUUUAUUUAAACUAAUAUUAAUCUAAGAAAUUUUUAAUGUAAUUUUCCAUUUGAAAAUCAAAAGUAGAUAGUUUUUUUACUCCCCAAAAAUAAUGAAAAUAUAACAUUUUAGAGUUGCUUAUUCUUAAUUUUUCUAAAAAAAAAUUGAUGUUUUCUUAAAUAAUGAGUGUCUUAUAGAAGGGUUGAUCACUCUGUAUAGUAUAAUAAGCAACAAAAUGUAUUAUACAAUUAUAUAGAUCUAGUAUAAUUAAUAGUUAAUUUAGAACCAACAAAAUAACCCUAUAAUAUUUAUUUUCGUUAUAAAUUAUAAUAUACAAUAGUACUAGAUGUUUUUACUAGUUUUUAAAUUUGUUUGUUAUUUUUAUGAGUUAGAAAUCUACUACCAGAUGUUACUGGCGCUAACAAUGUGGAUGUAGCACCUUUGACUUACAACGCUAGUUGGGUUGAAACUACAACUCAAAAGGCAUCCAUAAAACUCGAAAAGCUGGAUUCAGAUCUUAAGAACUAUAAAAGUAAUUCAAUUAAGGAAAGUAUUCGACGUGGUCAUAAUGAAAUUGGUGAUCAUCAUGUCAGUUGUGGAGACCUCAUUGAAGCUACUAAAAGUUAUUCUAAAGCUCGAGACUAUUGUACUAGUUCAUACCAUGUGAUAUCAAUGUGUCUUAAUAUAAUAAAAGUAUGUAUAAGAUACAAAGUUAUGUAUAUUAUUCUAUUAUAAUAUUGCUUAAAGAAUAAAUCAUUUUUAAAACUUUAAUUAUUUAAUUAUUGUACUACAAUAAUAAUGAAAUAUUAUUUUAGUUUUCCAAAUUUAAUUUCGUUUAAAUUAUACUAUUAUUAUAGUAUAUUAUGCUAUUAUAUAUUUUACCAAUGGUUUUUUUAAACUUGUACAGUUUAAUUUGUAGGUACAAAGUAAAUGUGUUGUAAAGAAAUAUUCAAAAUAUUUUAAAAAUUCAAUGGUUAAGUUAAAUUAUAACCUAUACAAUGUAAAGUAUUUAUGCAUUAAUAUUUAAUAUCUCCUUUUUAAUUAGUAUACUCAAGCUUGUCAUUUAAUAAAACAAUUUUUUUUAUGGUCUAUAUCCCAUCAAAUAUUGAUGCACAAAAUUCAAUGAUUUAUAGUUGUUUUACUGUUUUAUAUAGUGUUGAUAAAGUUAGAUUUUUUUUUUAACAGGUUGGAAUUUAUCUUCAAAAUUGGUCCCAUGUUGAAAAUUACAUCAUUAAAGCAGAAACAACUCCAGAUUAUACCGAGGUAAUUAACACAUCUUAUUUUAUUUAACUUAAAAGUUGUUUAUUGCCACUUAAUGAUAUAUAUUAAAAAAAAAAAAAAAAAAAAUUGAGACCCAUUAAUAUUGAAUUUUGAUUUCAUUAUGACUGGUUGUAACAAAGUAUUCAUUGAUUAUCAGAAGAUAGCAUUUUUAUAUUUCAUAACAGUUAAAACAUUUAAUAUUUCAUAUUCAUUUUUAGAUUCCAAGCGUAGUGAUAGAGCUAUUGGUUUUACAAUGCUGUUUAUUUUUCUUUUUGUCUUUGGACACAUUUUUUCCUAGUAAACUUGCUCAGAUUUUUACGUGUAGUGACUUUUCUGAAAGCUUAAGUUGUCUAGAUUGCACUUUAAGGUUAAUUUUUAGGUUUUAACUUUUAGGUCAAUUUUUGAUUUUCGACACCAUUUUUUAAAUAAAAGCAUUUAAGUGGGAGAAAAAAAUGUAGGAAACGUACAAUUUCAUGAUUUUAUAAAAACACGUACUUUUUGUACCAGUAAAAAUGAUUUAGUUAAAAAAAUCUCUAAAUACCUUUUUUGUUGACUUUUGAUUUACUUACGGUAUCAUUACCAAAUCUUUUGAGCAUUUAUGGAAUUUUAAUUUUAGGGAGUUUUUUUAGCAAUAAUUCGAUUAUAAAUACACAUAGAGACUUGAAACUUGAUAAUAAUCCUUAUAUUAGACUUACCUAGACAUAGUAAAAUUUCAAAAAUGAUUGGACAACUGUUUUUUUUUAAUAAGCGUUUUGAAAGGGUGUUUGGUAGAUAAUUCACAUUAUACAGUUAACAUUACAUGUAGCAAUUAUAUUAAUAUGUUUAUUUUUUUAUAAUAAAUAUUAAACAUUCAAUUUUAAUUAUUUACUUUAUUGUAAUAAUUUAAAAUAUUUUAUAUGUUUAGAACCCAGAUAUACUAAAAAAUUAUAGUUCUACACUUAAAUGCUUGGCGGGUCUAGCUGAUCUAGCUAAUCGUAAAUACAAAUCAGCUGCUCAUAAUUUCUUGCGAGCGAAUUUAGAUCAUUGUAAUUCUACGGAAGUAAUGACAACUAAUGAUGUUGCUAUUUAUGGAGGACUUUGUGCUUUAGCCACUUUUAAUCGUUUGGAACUUCAAAAUAAUAUUAUUUGUAAUAAGUAAGUAAUUUAGUAUUUGUAAUAUUACUUUCAAAACAAAAAUCCUUUGUUUUACUAUGUAAACUAAAUUUUUUAUAUAUUAUAUUAUCAAAAUAUCAAAAUUGGUAAUAUUACUCAAACAACAUUACUAGGUUAUACAUGCAAUUAUUUACUUAACAUUUUUACUCAAGUUUUAGUGUUUAUGUUUUAGAAGUAUAACAACUUGACUUUGAUUAUGUAUGUAAUUUAAAUUAAUAUCUCUAAUAUAGGGUCUUCCAAAUUUCAUGUUACUAUCAAAUUUUCCAUGAAUUGGAUUUAAAAACUUGGAUAAUCAUAUAUAUCAAAAUGUUACAUUGUCCUUAUUUUUGGGGGUUUAUCGGCAACCUACUUUUUAUUUUCAAAUAGCUACCUAUAUUAAAAAUGCAUAAAUAAACAUUUAUAAGUUUAAAUUUACUUUGAUGUUGACAUUUUUGAUUGCUGUUACCCUGUUGACUUGAUAUUCCAAUUUUAAGUUAGGGUAAGGAGAGUGUAGUGAAACAUCAUUUGUGUGAUGGUACAGUGGUAUUUGAAUAGUGCUCCACUACUAUCCCCCUAUCUAAACUUGAAAGUAGAAUAUCUCUUCAACAGGUUGACAAGAAUCAAAAAUGGCAAUGUCAUUUAAAUUGAUACUCCAUUUAUUUAUGGAAUUUGUAAUAAUAUAGGUAGCUAUUUUAAAAUCAAAAAUAUGUUACUGAUUACCUAUGAAAAUAAGGAUAAUGUAACAUUUUUAUAUAUAUGAUUAUUCAAGUUUUUGAUACUAUAUGAUAUAAUGAUACUAAAAUGUAAUCCCUGUAACAUAAUUUUAAUUAAAUAACUUUAAUGUAUAUUUCUGUCAAUAUCAUCUAGUUAUGUUAAUCUAAUUGUAAGUUUAUGACCAAGCAAUAAACCUGAUAAAAAUAUGCGCACACUUCAGGAUUAUUUAUGGAUCAUAUCAAUAUAUAUUAUUUUCAUAAUGUCAAAAAUCAAACAAACACAAAUAAAUAUAAUGCAAAAAUAUUUCUAAACAACAAUAUAAUAUGUUUUAAAAAUCCAAAUUGAUUGGUUUCUCAUAAUAUUACAGUUCAAUAUAUUAAACUGCAUGAGUUUUAGUUAAAUAUGUUUUUGAUUGCUAUCAUAAUUUUUUAUUUAUGUUAUCCAUUUUGUCUACACACCUAUCGCUGUUUUAUUAAUCAUCAUUAUGUAGUGAAUUGUGUAGUUAUAAAAUAAUAAAGUAAAAACAAAAUUAUUAAAAUAAUUAAUACUCAUAAAUAAAUAUAUGUAUAAAAAUAAAAUGAAUGAAUGAAUGGGUCGCCUGGAAUAUUAUGAUAAGUGUAUUAUGCGACCAGUUUCGAAUUAAAAAUUCAUUAGGUAUAUCACAGUCAAAAUGUGAAACAUGACUCACAUACGUCAUCAUAAUAUUCCACAAUAUUCAUUCAUUUUUAUAUAUACACAUUUUGUAUAUAUAUAUUUAUGUAAAUUUGUAGAUAUUAUAUUGUGUUAUUUGUAAUAGUAUGUAUUCAUUGUGACUUAUUUAAUUUGUUCAUAUUUUUAGUUCAUUUAAAUCAUUCCUUGAACUUGAACCCGAAAUACGUGAUGCCAUAUUUAAAUUCUACGAGUCCAAAUAUGAAGUCUGCUUAACUAUUUUGAAUAAAAGAAAAGUAUUAUAAUUAGAUAUAUUUGUAUAUUAUAAAUUAUUUUAUAAUUGUUUAUGGUAAACAAUUACUGGAACAAUACAAUUUAUUUAAUUUUAGCCAUCUUUACUUCUGGAUAUGUUCAUUGGAUCUCACAUAAAACAGCUCUACUCCAAUAUCAGAAGCAAAGCAAUGAUCCAGUACUUCACGUAAACAAAUAUUUUAUUAAAACUUAAUUUUAUUAUUUUUUAUUACUAUAAAUUACAUUUAUAUUUAGUCCAUAUGAUUCUGCUGACAUGAGGAAGAUGGCAUUAUGUUUCAAUACUUCUUUGCCUGAUUUAGAGGAUGAGCUUAUGAAGCUUAUUAUAGAUGGACACAUCAAGGCUCGCAUUGAUUCUAUUAACAAAGUAAAUAUCAUGAUUAUUGUUUUAAACUUAAUUUUCAAGUUUAACUUGUUUUAUUCAAAGUUAGGUUUUAAUUACCGCUAUAGAUUUUACUUAAUUAAAGUAGAAAAUAUUGAAUAUUUUAAAAAUUAAAAAAUAAUCACUAUUAUUUUGAUAAUACUUAAAGUUUAGUAAAAUAAUUAAAACAACAAAAAAUACAGACAUAUUUUGCACAUGGGUGCAGCCACUGUUAUAGGUGAAAAGUUAGGAAGGUAGGAUAUAUACGCGGUAAUGUAAUGUAUGUGUAAACAACGAUAAACCAUUGCUAACAAAAAAAUUAUUCUGAGUGGAGUUGAGUGGAUAGUGUUGCUUUGUCAACUAUAUAUAUGUCAUUGUAAAAUGAUUACAACAAUGUGCGUUUACAUAAUAACAAUGAUUGUUAAAAAAAAAAAAUUAAAUAAUAAAAACAAUAAUAUUCAUAAAAAACAACCUUAUUUUUAAUCUUUCAAUCUUUUCUAACUUAAAGAACCAGGUUUUCCACAUCUCAAAUAUUUAUGAGAAUUUCAAAAAAUGACCUCUUUAAAGUACCACCCAAAGAACAUUUCAUUUCAGAAAAAGUGCUAUACUUAAUAAUCAAAGUAAGCUUUCUGGUAGAAAAAGUGUCCACAUAAAAAAAAAUUAAACAUUGUGAAACCAAUGCAUUUCUUGCUCUGCUCAGAAUUUUAAAUAAAUCAAAAGUGAUAAUUGUGGAGUUAAUUUGUUUAAAAAAUAAAUUUGAACCUUUUAAUUUUUGCAUUUUAUACUCCUUGUACUUGUCUAUCUACAUUAAUUAAUUAUUUAACAAAAAAAGUAUAUUUAUUACAUACAAAUAAGUAUCUAGCUUAUUUAUUAUAUAAAGAACUAAAUUUAAACUAUAAUGACUGAAUAGUACUAUACGAAAUUAUUUUAUUUGUUGAUUUAUUACUUAAUACAUAUUUUUUGUUAUUUUAGAUCCUUUUUGCAAAACAUACAGAUAAAAGAGUUGAAACAUUUCAGAAAGCUUUAUGCAUGGCUGAGCAGUACAGUAAACAGAUGCAUAUUUUGAUUCUGAGAAGUCAAUUGAUCAAACAUCAGACAAAUGAAAAAAAUAGUGAGCGCAGAAACAAUACUGGAAAAAUAAAUAUAGACUUUGUAAAACGUACUGGUUAAAAAUAAUUGUAUUUUAUGGCAUUCUACAAUUGAAUACGAACACUCAAAACAAAUAUUGUUAUUAUCAGUUCUUUGAUUUUUCUAUAAAUCAUCAAUAGAUUUAAAGGCAAUAAUAAUGAUAAAUGUAAUUAUAUAUAUAUAAAUUUAUUUAUUAUCUGUAAUUUUAAUUGCCUACUCAUUUAGUACUUUCAUAGUACAUUUUCAAAAUAAAUAAACAAGAUAAAUUAUUACAAAAUAUAUAUGUUUAAUGAAUAGAAAAUGUACUCAUUUUAACUAGAAUCACUAACACCAUUUAAUUAAUUUAAUUACAUUUCUGUUAACGAGAAAGAAGACUAGCUUAUUUUAGGUUUAAUAAUAACAGGAUAAACAAAAAUUUCUAUUUCAACGAUUUAGAUUUAUUGUAUCCAUAUAAGUAUAAAUAAAAUAUGUAAAGAUUAUUGGUUAGAUAUUCAUUACCUAUGUUUUGGUGUUUAUGACCUGAGUCAUCUGCUGAAACGUAUCUAUUGUAAUCCAACCAUUCUAAUUUGUCGCAAUUAUUGCGAAAUACUUUAUUCAAAAUCAUUAUAAGUGAUCAUCAAUAACAGACGACUUAUGAAGUUGAUUUGUAUUCAACUUUUCAUUAAUUUUGAGUGAUCAUCUUUGAAUUAUCAAAAAUAGAUCUUAUUAUUGUUAUAAUUUAUAGUACGCCUGAUUUUUUUACAACUACAAUGCUGGUGUAAACAAGGCUUUACUAAAAAAUCUUUAUAUCUUUGUAUUCUUCAUAAUCGUUCAUUCAUUAUGUAAGAUUUCCUUAAACUGAAUUUAAAUAUUAUUAAGAAGAUUGAAGUAAUAGAUAUCAAAAGCUUAUGAUAAUGAAUAAUGAUUAAAAGACUACAACAAUGUAUUAAUGUCGAGUGAUCUAUUCCAAAAAAAACUAAAAUGUAUUUAUUGUAUAACUAACAUACCUACAGCCAUAUUAUUAUAUAUUAGUCCCUAUUUCAAUUAUGAAGUGAAAAACUAAUUAUUUCAUUAGUUUUUCACACAUUUUAAGAAAAUUAAUAGAUAUCUAUAGUAAAUGUAAUGCAACAUUUGCUUAUUUAAGUAUUAAUUUAUAACAAUGUAUUUUUGAUCAUGAUCAAAUAAAAUAUAAAUCUAAAGAAUAAUUUUUAUAUGCUCAACUCGUAUACUAAUUUGUGAGGAAAUCGGGUAUAGUGGAAGUUUUAGGACAAAGGUGGAACGGUUACCUUAACAUGAUCUUUAGUAAAUAGACUUAAUAGAUACAGUGGCGGAUUUAGGAACAGGCUAAAUAGGCUAUGCCAUAAGGCUAAUAUAAGCUAAUAGCCUAGACUGGCUUUUUUUAGAAUUAAUAGUUAUUAAGUAUAUUUAUUUGAAUAUUUUUUUUUUUAAUAUUUAAAUUAUAAACACGAAUAAAAAUAAUUUUAGAACAUUAUAAUAAUAUGUGUAAUGUACCUAGUGACAAUAUUAAAAUUAUGAUUAAAAUUUUAAAAUACUUCACGUGUAAUAUAAUCACUAUUAGGGAUAAAUUAGACUGUACAUAUUAGGAAUAUCCGAAUAUGGGUAUUUUCUAAAAAUACAACAGUUAUUUGUUAUUUUUGGGAAAGAUAUCAAUAUAAAUAGAUUUAAUAGAUAAGAUAGAUUAAAUGCUUUGGUAAUAUUGUGUAUUGAAAACCAAAUUACAACAGAACUAGAAUAUGAAGACAUCAAUAUAAACCUCGGAACAAAAAAAAC